CGCAUGAUUGUGACGUCAAAUACCAGUGAACUCUCGCGCCUGUAAAAUGAAGUGACCUUUCUCUUUCGUCCUGUUACAGGAUCGGUUUGCCGAAAGGCUCGAACAGAGUACCACAUCCCACAAGACAAGGAGUCUCGCACGCGGUCUGAAAGGUAAAUAUGGGUGACGUUGAAAAGGGAAAGAAGGUUUUCGUCCAGAAGUGUGCCCAGUGCCACACUGUAGAAAACGGAGGCAAGCACAAAGUGGGGCCAAAUCUUUGGGGUCUUUUUGGACGCAAGACUGGUCAGGCAGAGGGGUUUUCCUACACUGAUGCCAAUAAGAGCAAAGGCAUUGUCUGGAGUGAAGAAACCUUGAUGGAAUAUUUGGAGAAUCCCAAGAAGUACAUUCCAGGCACAAAGAUGAUCUUUGCUGGGAUCAAGAAGAAGGGCGAGAGGGCAGACCUUAUUGCAUACUUAAAGUCAGCCACAUCAUAAUACAGUUGGAGAACGGGAAGACUGCAAUAUUUAAAUUACAUGUUUAUAGUUUGGCUUAGAAUGUCUUUAACAGUAUCUAUUCAAAUGGUGUGACAGAUCAAGUGGACAGGAUUAUUAAUUAUGACAUGUGACAUGCUUAUAAUGGCAGUCCAUUUUAGCUGUGAGGAUUUCCACUUCUUUGUUCGAGUAAUGUUAAAAUGAGUCGAGUUACUGCAGAUCCCCAGUGUUUCCACUGAGGGGAAUGAAAACGGUGUCCCCUGGUUUCACAGGAGCUGUUGUACAUUACAUUUUUAAAUUGUACUGAAUUCUUAACAUAUUUGGAUCACAAUGAGUGACUGAACAAGCAGCAUGCUUCUUGGUAACCAAUUGUGUCCAAUGGAUUUGAUCUGUCAAUUAAAACGGUAAAAACUG